AUGGCUGGUUCUUCGAAUACGAUUAUUUUAAAUUCCGCUGACUUUAUUAAGGCUGAUUCUCGGAAUCCGCCGAAAGUUGAAAAUGUAAUGAUAUUGGAGUUCAUGGCUACCAAUAGUAAGCACAAUGUUAGUGAAAUAAGAGGUGCUAAAAUGCUGAUGUCAUCUCGGGUGUCUUAUCUAAGUACUGCUGUUGGAUAUGUUCAAGUUAGUAGGACUGGGAGUAACUGUGUAGUAAAAGCAAGAAUCGUACCCGAACAUAGAAUCAGCGAUAAACUAUACACAGUACUUUGCCAAAUAGAUGAAAUGAAUGAUGUUAUUGUAGACUCAGUAUGUCAAGACUGUGCAGCGUCUGCGGGUGGCUGCAAACAUUCAUUGUUACUACUUUUCUGGCUUGAAAAAAGAAGUUCAGAACCAUCACCCACAGAAACUUGUUGUUACUGGAACAAGCCAUCACUGUCAAGUGCUCGAACACAACACGUCACUAGUAAAGACAUAUUUGUGAAGGCGAAGAAGCCAAAGUUGGAAGUUAAAGAUAGCUCCGUAUUACAAGAAUUUAAAGAGGAGUGUGCAAAAAGACAAGUCAAAAAUUCUUUAAUUAUUAAUUAUAGUGAGUUACAUGAAUUUAACUCCAAAAAUAUAUUUGAUAUGAUGUCAGGGUUUCUUGAAGCAUACACCAUCCAUAGCUUCUGUAACUUCCAACAAUAUUUAAAAUCCAAGAUUACUAUAGAUACUAUUGAGGAAAUUAAUAUUAAAACAAUGGGUCAAGCAGACAGUAAAUACUGGCACAGUAUAAGACAAGGAAGAUUGACAGCUUCAAAAUUGUAUGAGGCUGCACAUUGUAAUACUGAUGGGUCAUUGGUCCAGCAAAUAUUAGGGGGCUACAAAAUACCUGAAACCAAAGCCAUUCAACGGGGAAAAAAAUUGGAAGAAAGAUGCUAAGAGUAGUAGAACAAAAGUUAAACAUUAAAUUUAGAAAAUCAGGAUUUGUAUUAAUUAAUGGAAUAUUGGGAGCAUCACCUGAUGGUGUGGCUGAUGACUUUGUCAUAGAAAUAAAAUGCCCUUUUACAGAAAAAUCGGUCCGGAACUAUGUAAAGGAUGACAUUAUAAAUGAUAAGUAUAGAACACAAAUGCAUUGCCAAAUGCUCGCAUGUGGAAAAAAGGGGAGUAUUUUGUGUUGCAGAUCCAAAAUUUGAGACCACAAAGAAUGUGCAUCUAAUAUGGGAAGACUUGAUAAAAAACUUUAUUAUGGGUAUAAUAUAAAGCGGAAAAUUUUUGGAAAGAUUACAUUUUUCCGAAAUUAAUGUCAAGUGCAAAAUAA